AUGAGCUUGCUGCCAAGCAUUCAAGAUCACUUUAGUUUGCCUAGGGAGUCCUGUGUUGUGACAUCCAGAAAGAAAGCCAAUGGAGUUCGUGUGUAUGAUCCGGGCUUUUCACAACAAAUCGUCAUUGAAGAAAGCCAUGACGAAAACGAUGAAAUCAAUAUUGAAGUUAAAAACAUGAAAGACAUGACAAUCGGCCAUCAAUUGAUGAAUGCCCUUUAUGCCAUUGUCGCGGCUCUCUUUGCUGGAUUUCUUUUUGUCUUUUGUCUUCAACUGCUACUGUUUGUGGUGCUGAACCUCAGUAUUGAGUCUGGAGCGACUAGUUUCAACAAGACGGCCGAUGGGGAAGAAGACCAUUCAGUCAAGUGGUUCGCCGUAAUUGGAGCGAUAUUUUCCCUCAUUUCCUUCUCGCGUUACUUUGCAGAAGCAUUGGUCAUUGCUGGAUCGUUCACUAUGGAUGCCUACAAAGACCACCCAAUGUCUAGAGCUUUGAUUCUCACGGACAAUAAGCAUGGACACAUCAUCAUUGAAUGGCUCUUUAUCUCUUGCUUUUGCUUUUUUCCCAUUGUGGUGGGAUGCGUUGGACUAUUGGUGGCCAGUGAUAGGUGGUGGUAUUACACUUCUCUUUCUUGGUUCAUUCUUGUCAUGAUCUUCUUUUGCGUCUUUUACUUUUGUGUGAUCUUUUAUGAGGUCCGGUGUUGCUAUUCUUUUGUGGCCAAUCGCGAUGAUGCCGAUCCGGGUCAUAUGUUGGACGUUCUCAAGAGAUGCAUCUUGCUACGUCAGACACGUCGAAUGUCGGGUUAUGUCAAUUCCAGCGGACUUGCCCGAAAUGUCUUUACCAAUUCGAAAGCAACCGAUCAAGCCCGAGAACCACAUAUUUACAAGUCGAGUCUAAAGAUCCAUACACCUAUUUGGACGCACAUGGUGUCGUGUAUGCCUUCCUUUCUCUAUACCAAUCUAUCCGAGAACCCCAAGUUCAUUCAUACUAUCCCGGAGGUUCAAGAUUAUCGUCCCUUUUUGACCAAACCUACGUGGUCUUUGGAACGAAUAUUUUGCCGACCAGAACCUUCUCGUUACAUCAGUAUUGUCAGAGGCCCAGGGGCCUUGACGAAAGCACAAUUGAAAUCAAGUGUAAUUUGUUCCUUUCUUUCCAUGUUUAUGAUUUGCUUGUUGGUGAUCGGAUUCUUGGUCUGGUUUGGAUUGGGGGCCGUUCCCAUUAUCAUAUUUUUGAUCAUAGUAUUUAUGGUAUCUUGGUCAAGUCUAAGAAAUACCUACAAUCUGGUCAGACUGGGCAGGGAUCUGAUUGAAAUCGGAGAAGCCAAGAAGGCCAAUUUUAAAAAGCUACAACAAAAGUAUGGUGGGGACGAAGAAAAUGCUCAAGCUCAAGCUCCAGAUUCAAUAUCUCAUCGGAGCACUUUGACAUGGCAAAAGUUGGAGCACAAGAAAAAAAUAUCGGAGGCUGUCUUUCAUACAAUGCAUUUGGAGCGUCACUACGAAGCGACCGCAGCCUUGUGCUGGAUUUCGUUCAUCGUGGAAUUGGCCCUCUUUUCCUUCUAUCCAACCGUUGUUCUCUUUGUUAUUGGGGAUUCUAGCUUAGGGACAAUCUUUAUCGUGCUGUCCGUGAUCUCCAAUGUCAGAUGGUACAUGCACAUUGUCACGGUCAUUGAAGAAACAGGCAAUAUGGAGCUGGUUGGUGGUGACACUCCAGAGAAAUUAUGGUCAAACCAGUCUCGUCUAAACAGUAUUGUUGGAUCUAUUUCUGCCAAUGCUGCCUACAAGGGCUGGAGAAUUCUCAUAGCUUCCUUCGGUUUUGCCUUCAUUGCCAUUUUAUUGACAACUUUUGAUUCUGGAGCGCUUCAAACCUCCUCUACACCAUUGACCUACUUGCCGUAUGGGGAAUGGGAAUAUACAGGGUCAUCCGAUAUGCGCUAUCCAACUUGUACUUUGAGCCAAAUUGAGGGAGGCUUUAUGAACCAAUCAACUAUGCUUGACUUUGCUUGGAUGGCUGGGGCGGCCUACAUUGCAAACAAUGAUACCCAACCUUCCCUGGACACCUGGUUUCAGAAUAGCCCCGGGGUGACGGACUUGCAACCCGUUGUCGAUGAAUUCCGUUCCCGUGAAGAUCCCAACAACGAAGUUGCCGUCAAGUUCAAGUUGAUCUCGGUUCCUGGUCCCCUGGAGGGACAAACAACUGCCGUUAUCCUGAUUCGAGGCACCGUCAAUCAAUUUGACUUGUUGGCUGAUGCCCAGCUGUGGAGUGCUGCCGGACUGAUGCAAUUCCUGCGUGCAAUCAUUCCUUUUGGAGAGAUCUGGUCGGGGAUUUUCCCCGACUUGGUUAGUUGGAUGAACGCAAUGGCAAGCACUUCUAUUGAGAAAGUUGCCUUUUACAAGCUCACCACCAAGUUCGCCGAAGAACUCAAGGCAAAUGGAGACUUUGAACACGUCCAAGUGACUGGUCACAGUUUGGGUGCUGGCUUGUCGUUAAUUACCGGUGCCCAAGCCAAGAUCGCUGCUGUUGGUCUCUCUGCUCCCAAUGCUCGUAUUUCUGGAAAGUCAUACGACCCACCGAUCACGUUGCAAGACAUUAACAAAUAUGGAUUCAACAUUAUCCCCAAGCACGAUUUUGUGCCCAAAGUGGAUGAUGUUGCUGAUAAUUGGCAACAAAUUGGAUGUAGUGCUGAUCUCAACCAGGCCUCUUGGUUGUGUCACUCUAGUGUACGAUCGAUAUGCGAACUAAUGUACACUUGCGGAUCGGGAAAUCGUCCUGUCUUUUGCGAGUGUGUGACUGCAUACGGAUAUGAACCACCAACGAGUCUAAACGGUGCCCAAGAAAAAUUUGACCUCUUGUGUCCAAUGCCGGAGUGA